AUGUCCAUCGGAUUCGGCGAUGCCGUUGCAAUCGUGCAAUUUGGCUUGGAUCUGAUCAAGAAGACCCAGGAUGCCGGCGAGCAGCUCGAGUUCAUGCAGCUUCGCAUGAUCGGCAUCCAUGCCCAGCUCGUGCGGGCGAGAGAUAUUGUGUCUACCAAACAGCACGAGUCAAAGCUUCAACAAUUGAAACCAGUCAUCUAUGAACAGGCACGCGAUGCUGUCGCGCGUUUGGAAGUCGAUGUCAACAAGGUGAACGCCAUCAUGCAGCAGUGGGUGAAUAAAGACGUGGGUAUUGGAGUGAUGCAAUGGAAGUACAAGAUCGCAUCGGACUUCUUCAAUGGGUAUCUGAAGGGCGGUGGCGAUAAGCUGGAGAAGCUCAACAAACGACUCGAGCAGCAUCAGCUGGUCAUCACAGGAUGUGUGACGGAUAUGGUUUAUCACGGUGUGAAGGAGCUGGUCAGACAGAAAGAAUCGCCAUCAAGCUUGAAACCGAAGCCAGUCGGUAGACCUCGCUCGCCGAGUCCUACGCCCGCAGCUACGCCUACGAAGAUCAUCUUUGUGGACACGCACAAUGUCGGCAGAUCGGUCAUUGCCCAGAGCUAUCUGAUGUUGGUCCGGGAGUGGACGACGAGAACCAAGAACGUUUUCAAGCUUACCGACUUCCCAUCAGCCGGUCUUUUAGUGACUCACCGAUCUGCAUACGCUAAGCAGAUGGCCUCCGUCCUGGCCGCAAUUCUCAAUUGCCCAUACAAGCGUAUGCUCGACGACAAAGACGGCGUCCUUGCGGGGAAGACCGCGGUCAAUGCACUCUUCGACCAGAAAUACUUCCAGUAUGCAUACAAGCCACCUCUGGCGAACGCUGCCCUGAACCGAAAAUCCCGCGGUCUGCCAGUCGAUAUCUUCAGUGGCUAUGACGUGAUUUUCUGCUUCACACGCAUGGAACGCACGAUCCUGGAAGCAUUGCGGGACAAGCUCAACAAGACCGCACCAGCGUGGCGCAAGCAGAAUAAGAGGGCGCGGGUGGAAGUGCUCGGCGAGUAUGGGAACCAUGCGCAGCCUGAGAUAUUUGAGGUGUUGAGAAGUGGUAAGAAGAGCGAUGAUGAGUUCAAGAAGGAGUGGGAGAAGGUGGUAGGCAACGUCAAGACGAGUGUGAAGGCCUUCCUUGAGCAGCGGACGGGGUGGAAGACACCGAAGAAAGAGGAUGCAGGACUGCAAGGUCCGAAGCUGAGUAGCUGA